AUGUCGUCCAUGAACUUCCCUCAUUCACAGUUCCUUCUAAUUCCAGCAAUUUGUCUCCUCCUUCUUUUCGCCUUUCUCUACUGCUCUCCGUUUGAUGGAAAUCAUGAUAAUACUAUUUCCAAUCUCUCUUUUUCUUCCAACAGCCACGCCAUAAGACCAUCAUCGUUUGCAGUUAAUGGGCUUCUCUCAACCUCCAUGUACAAAAGCAGUUCGAGACAUAACACCAGUUUAAUCAGAAAGAAGAGUGGUUUAGAAAGAAUCGAAGACGAUUUGGCUCAAGCUCGUGUAGCGAUUCAGAAAGCCAUUCGGUCCCGGAGCUACGAUUCCGAUAAGGAAGAGACGUUCAUACCCAGAGGAAAUGUGAGCCACAUAGAGAUGAUGAAGAGAUUCAAGAUAUGGACAUACAGAGAAGGAGACCAGCCUUUGGUUCACUAUGGACCGAUGAGGGGCCUAUACGGCAUCGAAGGCCAGUUCAUCGACGAGAUGGAGGACAAGCGGAACCCAUUCAGGGCUCGCCAUCCCGACGAGGCGCAUGCCUUCUUCCUCCCUUUCAGCGUGGCCAACGUCAUCCGCUACGUGUACGAGCCGAUCCUCACCAUGAGCGACUACUCGCGCGAGAGAUUGCAGAGAUUCGCCCGCGAUUACAUUGGCGUCGUCGCAGAUCGGUACGGGUAUUGGAAUAGAAGCGGCGGUGCUGAUCAUUUCAUGGUCUCUUGUCAUGAUUGGGGUCCUGAUAUUUCAUCAGCCAACCGUGAGCUCUACAAGAACUUCAUCAGAGUCCUUUGCAACGCCAACACUUCAGAAGGAUUCAGACCGAAAAUAGAUGUCUCCAUGGCAGAAGUCUACUUAACUCACGAGGAACUCGGCCCUCCUCGCUUAGGGCUAGACCCUAGCAACCGCACGAUCCUCGCCUUCUUCGCCGGGGGAGCGCACGGCUUCAUCCGAGAACUCUUGCUCGUGCACUGGAAGGACAAAGGUGACGACGUCCAGGUGCACGAGUACCUUCCUGAGGGCCAGAACUACACUCAAUUGAUGGGGAAGAGCAAGUUCUGCUUGUGCCCCAGCGGGUACGAAGUAGCGAGCCCGAGGAUUGUUGAAUCGAUUUACGCGGGAUGCGUUCCCGUGAUCAUCAAAGAUGACUACUGGUUGCCGUUCAGUGAUGUUCUUGAUUGGAGUAAAUUCUCGAUUCAGAUUCCAGUUCAGAAGAUAAAAGAUAUCAAGACGAUUCUGCAAGCGAUCCCGUUUGAAAAGUACAUCAAAUUGCAGAAGAGAGUAGUCAAAGUUACGAGGCACUUUGAGUUACAUCGACCGGCGAAGCCGUUCGACGUGAUCGACAUGGUGCUUCAUUCUCUGUGGCUGAGAAGGCUGAAUUUAAAGCUGGAAUAGAUUGAUUAGUCCUUGUCCUUCCUGUUCUAGCAAA